CCUUGUCAGUUUGGGGAUUUGAACUUGCAACCUUUCAGUUACUAGUCCAACGCUCAAACCACUAGGCUAUGCUGCCUCCCCAAAUCCUCAUUUUGCAAUUUGGUGAACUAUUCCUUAAGAAGGGCAAGACAAAUAUUGCUUCAGCUAAUGUGAAACUGUAUAACAAGAAAUUGCCAGCAAUGGCAGAAGUUUUCUUAUUCAAAAUCAUUAUACAACUAUCUAAAAGUGAUACAGUGGACAUUUAAUUUAUCUACAUUUAAAAUAUGAUGUAAGUUAUUGCCAAAGAGUAAUUCUGUCUUUUCAUUAUGAAAUGUAUUUCCACCAAGACUCAGAUGAAGAACAUGACCAAGUCAGACUUUAAUUAAAGGGCUGCCCCCUCAUGGUGAGAUCCAGUUCCUGUCGGUGAUGUCAGACGCUGUGUCUCUAAGAUGGAGUUCUCCUCAGGGGGUUGAAGGACCACAGAAGUUCAGAGUGACCUGGGAAUGUAGUGAUGGGGAACAUCACAGUCUAGAUGUGAAAUACAUGCAUCAAGUUGAAAUCGAUGGACUGAAACCUGGUGAAAAGUACCAGUUCAACGUAGCCACUGAGGGGGAUGCUGGAAGUUUAAGUAGUUGUGUCUCAGGAUCUGUAAUCACAGUGGUGCCAUUCCCCAGAAACUUAACAAUAGACCAGUUGGAACACUCCUCCUUCACUCUCAACUGGAACAAGGCUGAAGGAAUGGAGAAAGUCCCACAGCACUUCCUCAUAUCCUACUGCAGCCCAGGAACUGAGCCCAAGGCAAUAUGUACUAAAGACUGCCACAAGACAUUAUCCUAUCUACAACCUGGUACUGAGUACACUGUCAGUGUCUCUACUGUGCUGAACAAUGGGGAACAUAGUGAACCUGUCUCUACAACCAUCUACACUAUACUCCCUGCUCCAGAAAGUCUGAAUGUUCACUCAGUAACCACCUCAUCAGCUACUGUGAGAUGGAACCAGCCACAUGGAAUUGAAGAAACCCAACACUAUUACCAGAUCUCCUACCACCGCUCUGGGAAAGAGAAACACAUCAUUACCACAUCCUUACAAAGCAACACUCUCCAUGUCCUGAAACCUGGUACUCAGUACUCAGUGACUGUCUGCACUGUGCUGGAAAAUGGGGAGCAAAGUCAACUGGUGUCAACAACCUUUAAUACAUACCCUACUCCUCCAGGCAAUCUUGUUAUAUGGUCUUAUAGUGCGACCUCUGCCAAACUGAUCUGGGAUAAUCCUGAUGGGAUGGAGGACAUCCAGCACAGCUUCAGGGUGAUAUGGUGUGACAAAGCCAGUCCAAGUGAGUCCUUCACUACCAACAAGAUAUGUGGAAAUGUCACUGGUCUGACACCAGGGACGGAGUACACCAUCACCGUCUGCACCAUUGAUGAGAGAAAUAUGGAGAGUAACUCAGUCUGUACUACCCUACAUACAAAGCUCACUCUCAAACUUUUCAUGCAGAAGUUGGGACUGACACAGCAUUUUGAGGAGAAACUGUCGUUGAAUGACGUGCUUGCAAUCGAUAGCCUAACGUUAGGAAAGAACCAUACGGUAACUCCUCAAUCUCUACCAUGGUGUUUUCUGAAAGAACUGAUGAGGAUGAACGUGUCAGCAAGGGAUGUAAAGUACAUCACCACUGAUAAGGAGGAUCUUAUGAAGGUAAACCCUCUAGAUCUUAUCACAGCCCUGUUUCUGUGCUCAGAUGGUUUUCUACAGCAGGAAAUUGUCCAGAAAAUGUCCAUGUGUCAGUUUGCUGUUCCUCUUCUGCUGCCCAACUGUGACACAAAACAAAGCACGUUGAUGCUGUGGGCUUUGAGUGACAUAGUGAAGAAGUUCAGGCCGUCUUCACCGUCUGACUCAAAGUCCUUCAAAGAGGAGAGAAUAGUUAUCUCCAAUAUUCCUAUGGUGUCCUUUGUUAGGCUAGGGGAAAGCAGCUUGUCCAAGUCUCAGAUCUUGAACAAGUUACUUAGUAAUCCUCAACAGUACCAUGAUACAUUUGUUCAUCAUAAUAUGGAAGGUGGUAAUGUGCCUCGUACGAUCGCAGAUGGCCUAGUUGAAAUCAGCUGGUACUUUCCAUGUGGGAACAGAAAUAUAGACAUGUUCACUAAGCCUGUGUCUGUUGCCAAUCUCAGAGGAGAUAUCAAGUCCUUUGAAACACAGUUCUCCUUUCUGUGUCAAACAUCAGCUGCAGUUUACAUUUUCAGUGAUGAUUUAGAGUCAGAUCUUAAGGUGUUGAAAACUAAAGACAAAAAGGCAGAGUUAUUUCUGGUUGUCAGCUCUCAGAAAAAAACAUUCACAGAAGACACAUUGAGAAAAUUCACCACAGAAUUCGGUAUCAAGCCAACAAAUGUGAUUGUUAAGGAAAAUAAAAAUUAUGCAGAAUUUGUAAUAACCUUGCAGUCAUCUGUUGGUGACAUCAUCGAAACAAGUCCAAACAGAUUGACAAUUGAAAACAUGGUUACUGUGGCUCGUCAGAGUGGGAUUCUGGUUGAUGAAGACUGUGAUGAGUGUCAGAGUGCCAGGAAGACAGCAGAUGAAAUCACCAGGAACAUCACAGACACAAUUCAAUUCAAAGACAAACAGCUACCCUUACAAGGGAAAAUCUGGAAAGAGCUUUCCCAGUUGGAGAAAGAGAGAUGUAGACUGAGAAAACGAGGGGAUCAAGACAUUGAACACUACAAGAGCUCUCUGAAGAAAAAGGAGGAAGAGCUAAGAAAGGAGCAAAAUACAUUUGACAUGUCAGAUGCAAUGGCAAGCUUCAUUUUAGGAAUGUCAAGUUCAGGAGCUGAGCGUUCCUAUUUCCUCAAAUGGAUGCGGAUAAAUCUGGACAAUCUGUCACGUCAGAACCUGUCUGGUUUGCGGGACCGGUACAAAGAUCUUUGCCAACAUUCUCCGGAGAAAAAAGACGACAUUAAAGAUUUGGAUAAGCAAUUAUCUGACUGUUCCUUGGGUCUUGAACACUUCCUGCGUGAGUUGGGCCAGUUAUAUGAAGCUGCCUGCUCCCUCCCUGAAAGUAGCCCUCAAAGGAAACAGAUGGAGCAUCUCCCUGGAUUGUGUGCUCAGAUGCUGUUGGAUGGUUUCCCCAUUGAGCUUCUGGAUGGAGAUGCAUCAAAUAUCCCUCUGAAAUGGAUAUCAGCUGUUCUGACUCAGCUUCAUACUCUUGUCCAAUCCAACAGCAAGAUUCGUGUUGUCACAGUUUUAGGGGUCCAAAGCACAGGGAAGUCCACUCUCCUCAACACCAUGUUUGGGGUCCAGUUUGCUGUCAGCAGUGGAAGAUGCACCAGAGGGGCCUUCAUGCUACUGAUUAAAGUCAACAAAGAAGUCAAGGAGGAGCUAAAAUGUGACUUCAUCAUGAUCAUUGACACAGAGGGGUUGAAAUCAACAGAUUUGGCUCAACUAGAUGAUAGCUAUGAACAUGACAAUGAAUUGGCCACACUGGUGAUUGGACUCAGUGAUGUCACUAUCAUCAACAUGUCCAUGGAGAACUCCACAGAGAUGAAAGACAUUCUACAGAUUGUUGUUCAUGCCUUCCUCAGGAUGAAGGAAGUGGGGAAAAAGCCAAUAUGUCAUUUUGUGCACCAGAAUGUGCCUGACAUGUCUGCUCAUGUCAGCAACAUGAGGGACAGAAAGGCGUUUUUGGAACAGUUGAAUGAAAUGACCCAGGCAGCAGCCAGAAUGGAGAAGAAGGAGAAUAUCACCAAGUUCACUGAUGUGAUGGAGUAUGAUCCAGACACAAGCUGCUGCUACAUCCCAGGACUCUGGCAUGGGACUCCCCCUAUGGCUCCAGUCAAUGCUGGCUACAGUGAGGCUGUGUAUGGUUUAAAAAAGAGCUUGAUGGAGGAUUUCAGAAUCUGUCAGAGUAAUGAUGACAUGACACAUUUCCUGAAGUGGACACAAAGCUUGUGGGAGUCUGUGAAAUUUGAGAAAUUCAUCUUCAGUUUCCGAAACAGCUUGGUUGCAGAUGCGUACUCCAGAUUAUGCUCUGAGUACAAUGGUUGGGAAUGGACCUUCCAGAAAGAGAUGUAUUCCUGGAUUGUAAAUUCUGAAACCAAAAUUUCAAAUUUUGGCAUAACAGAUCCAAAUCCCCAAAUGAGCAUAAGAAAUGUGCUGACUGACUUGUUGAUGGAAGCAUCUGAGAAGCUGUCAUUUGGAGAAAAGGAAGUCCAAGACAAUCUAGUGAAAUACUUUGAAAAGCAAGAUGGCCAUGUCAAUCUGGUGGAAAAAUACAAGGAGGAUUUUGUGGCCAGUGCCAAAACACUGAGACGAGAGACAGAAACCACAGUGAAGAACGCUCUAUGUGGAGCUGUUGAAGUCAGAGAGGGAAUGGCCAAACUGGAUGACAUCAAGGGUUCACAGGCAAAUAAAAUGGGGAAGAAGGUAUUGGAUUUGCUACAGACCUGUAGACAGAAAAAAACAGAUUUAUCAGAACAGGACCUCAGUAAAGAGUUUGAAAGUAUGUGGAAAGAAACUCUGUCUGACAUCAACUUUAGUGAUCUGCCACAGAGAGAUGUGGCUCAGGAUGCCUUCCUCAUGUUAAGUGGAAAUCUAGCAACAAGGGGCAGUCAUGUCAAUAAAAUGUUGAUUAGAAACAGUUUGGUGGAUUGUGGGAAGACAGACUUUGUUGUGGAAUCAGGGGGUUUGUGGGAGAAGGCUAAAGGCCUUGUGGUGCACUGGGAUCACAACCAUCACAGGAAAAAACAGCAGGACUUCUGUGAUGACGUCAUAAUCCAAUGUCAGGACUUUAUAACCCAGAAGGUGGGAAGCAAAACAGGCUAUCAUCAUACUUACACCAAAGAACUGCUGAAAAUGAUUGAAACAUUGCAACAACGAAAGAAUUGUAACAUUAGUGAAGAAUGUGAGGUGCGUCUGAAGCUACACAUCUGUGGCAUUGCAGCCAGAGAGUUCCAGAAGAUGAAUAAUACGUUCAUUGCAUCCAAUGACCCUCUGAAGUGUCUGAAACUGUCUAAGAGCAAGUACCUUACGGAGUUCAAAGACUUAUUUCAUAACCAAGAUCAGUGCCAAAAGAAAGCUGAGGAGUUCUCAAAGCUCUUACAGCCAGCUGUACAGGACUAUGUGACCAAAAUGAUUGGUUCUGAUGUGGUUGAUGAAGUGAAGACAGGUGAAGGGUCAGAGGAUUACAGCACCCGAAGGGCUUUCCAGUUCUCCAUUUUGGAACAGCUCCUGAUGGAUGGAGGAUAUGAGAAAUAUAGAGAAUACAUAAACCAUUAUGAAAGGUUUGUGAAGGACAGACUGUUUGACCGAAUUGCCAAACAACUCUCAAAGGACAGUAGACUGGAGAAAUUGGAGAAGAAACAUCUUUCAGAGAUAGUCAAGAUAAUCACUGAAGCAAUUUCAAAGAUUAGAAACACAACUAGCAUUGUAAAAGAUAUCAAGACGUUCAUUCAGAAUAUGUGCUGUGCCCUUGAAGAAAAGCUUGUCUUUCCAAAGUAUGCUCUGGAUUCCAUCAUGACUCUGAACAACUCUGCUAACACAGAACAGUUUGCUGAGUACCUCACAACGUUUGUGGGACAAAUGGAACAGUCACUGGCAGCUGAGUACGAUAAGGGAGGAGACAUCAAAGAGAGACUCAGAUCUCUGCCAUUCAAGCCUCAGGACAAUAUGUUCAUCAGUCUUUUUGGAUGUGGAGAGCAAUGUCCCUUCUGCGGUGCACCCUGUGAAGCAGGAGGUAAGGAGCAUACCAAACACUUCACUUCUAUUCACUGUCCACAAGGAGUCAGUGGUUGGAGGAAUUUAAGUACAAUGGUGUUAAGAAUUGACAUAUGUUCAUCCUCUGUGAUUAGUGACAGAAAAUUCAACACAAACCUGAAUGAAGGAAAACCUCACCUCUACAAAGACUACCAGACAUGUUACCCUGACUGGAUGAUAACUGGAGAUUCCAGCAUUGAGUCUUCAGACUACUGGAAGUAUGUGAUGGCCACAUUCAAUGAGAGAAUCGCUAAAGACACACAUGCACUCCCUGCUGAUAUCCCAGAGGACUGGAAGGCAUUAACAAGUGAUGACGCAUUGAAGAGCUUGAAAAACGCAUUCAAAAUGAAAUAAAGUGGGAAACGAUAUCAUGAUUCUUCUUGACCCAAACAUAGAAUUGGCCAAUCAAAGAUUUCAGACAUGGCAACCAGAAAUAACUCACCAAGCAUGAAUGUUUCUUAUCAAAAAGCCAGAACCAAGAACUUGAAAUAAAUUGCUAAUCUCUAAAUUCCAAUACAACUUCACCCUYGAACAGCUGAUCARGUACUUUUUACCUUUCACUUAMCUUGAUUGGUUUGUUGAAGGAAGAAACUGAUCAAAAGGUACCACCUUAGAAAAUUAUAAACUAGAAACAUUUUAGACUAAACUAGGAAAAUGACAAUGCAAAAGAUACCAUGGAGCUCUUACCAGAUAGUUGCAGAUUAAAAGGCUGUUUUAUACUGGCAUAUCAGUGUAGGAACACAUUUAGCUACUGCCAACACCUUCAUCAAGGCCUUGUAGCAAGGCUAGUGUUUGAGUUGACAUUACUGACUGACAGGUACCUGCAGCAUAGGAAGGUGGAGUUAAACCAUACUGUAGACUGACAAGAUACCUGCAGAUAGGAGG